AUGGCGAAAUCAAGCGCCGAUGAUAAGGAGCUCCGGCGAGCCUGCGAAUCCGCAAUUGACACGAAACAGAGGAUUAUAAUGUCGAUUCGUGUUGCAAAAAGCAAGGGUGCAUGGGGUAAAGGAAAAAUAGGCAGCAAAGGUAGUCAGAUGGCUAAACCUAGGGUUAUUGCCAUCUCCACAAAAGAUAAAGGUGCAAAAUCUAAGGCUUUUCUCCGUGUCUUUAAGUAUACUAGUGGAGGAGCUCUUGAGCAAGCAAAAAUAUACAAGUUGAAGCGUCUUGCGAAGAUGGAGGUAGUAACUACUGAUCCCAGUGGAUGCACAUUCAUGCUGGGUUUUGAUAAUCUUAGAAACCAAAGAGUGGCUCCUAUUCAGUGGACCAUGCGCAAUCUUGAUGAUAGGAAUCGUCUCUUGGUAUGUAUUCUUACUAUCUGCAAAGAUGCAAUGGGUCAUCUACCUAAAGUUGUGGGUAUUGAUAUUGUGGAGUUGGCUCUUUGGGCCAAGGAACAUGCAUCGGAGGUUCCUAAGCAACAUGGUUUUGAAGAUGGAAGUGGUGGAGACAUGAAUUCUGAAGAUGAGACGGGAGUUUCAGUUGAAAAUGAUCUUGUGUCGCAAGCAGAAGAGGAGGAUAUUGAAGCUCUUCUAGGCACAUAUGUGGUGGGUAUUGGGGAAGCAGAAGUCUUUUCCGAAAGGUUAAAACGGGAACUUCAUGCUCUUGAAGCAGCAAACGUGCAUGCAAUUUUGGAAAGCCAGCAUUUGGUAGAUGAGGUGUUGAAGGGGCUUGAGUCAGCUACAACUCGUGUUGAAGAUAUGGAUGAAUGGCUGGCAUUGUUUAACGUGAAACUCAGACAUAUGCGAGAGGAUAUAGAAGCCAUAGAAUCAAGAAACAACAAGCUGGAAAUGCAGUCUAUGAAUUAUAAAGCUUUAAGUGAGGAACUAGAUAACCUUCUUGAGAGACUUCAUAUCCCUUUAGAGCUUUCAGAUUGCUUAGCUGGCGCCUCAUUUGAUGAUGCAUCCUUAGAUAAACAUAUUGAAGCAUGUGAUCAAUUAAGAGAUGCUCUUCGUGGUUUUGAACCACCUGCUAUGGAUCCAAGCUUUUCCAAAAUUAGAGCUGUGAGAGAAAAGAGGGCAGAACUUGACAUAAUAAAAUUUACUUUUGCAAGAAAAGCCUGUCAGUAUUUGAGAGACUAUUUUGCCAAUUCAGUGGAUUCCAUGAUGAAUGAUAAAAGCUUCUUCUCUCAGCGUGGUCAACUAAAGAAACCUGAUCAUACCAAUUUCCGAAAUAAAUGCAAGAAAUAUGCUCGUCUUUUGCAUCACCUAAAGGUUCUUGAUAAAAAUAGUAUGGCUCCUUUGAGGAAAGCUUAUUGUGGCUCCCUUAAUAAGCUUUUACGCCAUGAGGCUCGUGAAUUUUCUAAUGAGCUUAGGGCUGGAACUAAAGCACCAAAGAUUCAAACUGUAUGGUUUGAGGGUCCCACUCCCAACCAAAAUGUAGACACUUCAAAUAUUUCUGAAGCAUAUACCAAAAUGCUUGAUGUAUUUGUCCCACUCCUUGUUGAUGAGAGUGUAUUUUUGUCACGCUUCUUGCGCUUUGAAGUUUCUUCACCUGAUGAUAAUGGCAGUGAUGAUGAUGAUGAUGAUUUAGACAUGGAAAAUGAUGAAAAGGGUAUACCAUUGGAGAUGGGGACAUUAAAUGAGUCACUUCGUGAUUUACUUGAUGGAAUACAAGAGGACUUCUAUGCAAUUGUGGAUUGGGCACACAAGAUUGAUCCUUUGUUGUGCAUAUCAAUGCAUGGAAUAACAGAGCAAUAUAUAAAUGAUCAGAAAUCUGAGGUAGCUGGAUAUGUACGCCUCUUACUUGACGCCAUGGAAGAUCGAAUGGAUACACUAUUUAUUCGUUUUAUAGAUGAAGCUCGACACCAGAUAGAAAAGUAUGACCGAAAUGUUAAACAGACAGGUGUCAUGGCAUUUGUACCAAGAUUUGCUCUGCUUGCCACCCGCAUGGAGCAGUAUAUCCAGGGGCAGUCUAGGGAAUUGGUAGAUCAGGCAUACAUGAAAAUUAUUGGUAUAAUGUUUGUGACUCUGGACAAGAUUUCCCGAUCAGACCUAAAACACUUGGACAUUUUUCUGUUAGAGAACUAUGCUGCAUUCCAGAAUAGUCUGUAUGACUUGGCGAAUUGUGUGCCAACUUUAGCUAAAUUUUAUCAUCAAGCAAGUGAAUCAUAUGAACAAGCUUGUGCACAUCAUAUCAGUGUUCAAUUUGAGCGUCUUUUCCAGUUUGCUAGAAGAAUUGAGGAUUUGAUGGUAACUAAUGCUCCAGAAGAGAUCCCAUUCCAAGUUGGAUUGACAAAAACCGACCUUAGAAAGGUGGUAAAAUCCAAUUUAUCAGGGGUGGAUAAGCACAUUGCUGCAAUGCAUAAGAAACUAGUCAAGAACUUGACUUGUGAUGAAUUGAUACCUACACUAUGGGACAAAUGCAAGAAAGAAUAUAUGGAAAAAUAUGAAACAUUUGCUCAACUUGCCUCCAAGAUCUACCCAAGUGAAAACAUUCCAUCUGUAGCUGAAAUAAGAGACGUUUUGAACUCCAUCUAGAGUUAUUUUCAGUUAAUUAAUCCAUUUAAUUGUUGAUGUUUAGAGAAAAUGAUCGGGAAAAAUAAAUGUGGAAACAUUUGUAAAAAGUUUAGGAUAUAAUAGGAAAGUCGCAUUUUGGUGACUUUCUUUAUUAAGUCAUUGUAAUAAGUCAAAAAGGAAACAAUUAUAUAUGUCUUACUUUGGGGAUAAAGUGCUUGAAUGAGUGAAAAUGUCUGUCUUGAUAAAGUGUUUGUAAAGAUAAGUUGUUAUUAUUAUUAUUAUUAUUAUUAUUAUUUGUUCAAGACCG